GUUUUCCAUUGGCUGGUUCAAAAGGGAGGCAAUUUAAACGCUAACGUUGCAUCUGCGCGGCGUUUGCAGUUUCAUCUAUGUUAUUCUGAGAACAGACGGCGUCGACGAGUUGUCGAGUGACACAACCUAAGAUUAUGGCCGAAAGCGACUCCGGUGAUACCUCUGAACGCUACGAAUUUGAUGCCCCGUCCCACGUAGUUGACCUGAAAGAGCUGGAGAAUGCCGACAGCAACGAUAAGUGGUUUGAACAACAGGCCGGAGGAGCAGAUGGUCACCUUAAUACACCUUCAAGACCCGACUGGCCCUUUAUGAGAAGCGAUAUGCCCAAACUACCUAGAGCCAUCGUAACUCCUCAAGUCAAGACAUAUGUGGACACUGAUCCUGGCACAUCCACUUCUCCACCACCAAACAUUGUCACAUCCUGGGUUAGUGAAAUUGUGACUCAGACUGAUGCCCAACCAAGGAGGAGGACCGCUAAUCAACCUCCUGCCCAACCACGCAGGGUUUCAAAGCGUAAAGUGAUAAACAGCGGUUCAGCUCCAACAUCAUUAGCUACACCACCCUCAAAGAAACACAAAAUGACUCCUGUUGCUCAACCAGCUCGAAAAUGCAGGACUGGUCUCCGCAGGAGUGAGCUGCUGAAAUCCAGGAUGGCAGCCAAGCCCCGAGCAGCAGCUUCCAAUACUGCAGACACAGAGCCAUUUAGCUCUGAAGAACAGGAGCUGGAGCGCAUCAAGAACCUCCAGAAGGAAGUGGCUCUGCAUCGCAAGAAGAAUGAGGCCAGCUACAAAGCUGCUCUGGCUGGCAAUCCACCACCAAAGAAGACAGCCCUGUCCACAACUGUGCCUAAAGAAUUCCAUUUCAACACAGACAAUCGUAUUAAGGUGGCCACUUCAUCCAAUACAGCCCAGAAGGAAGUGGACUUUAUCAGUCAGCUUCGCAAACCUUCCUCCCCAGUAAAGGCCAAGAAAGGUGCCACAGUACCCAAACCGUUCAACCUGUCAACAGGCAACAAGAGAAAGAUGGAGGGGCUAGAUCCCUAUGUGCCCAUGGCUCAGCAGAUAGAGCAGUUCCAGAAGCGAACCCCUGACCGCUACCAUCUGCGCAGUCGCCAGAGUCAAGACCGAGGGCCAUCCCCAGUGAAGGGUGACCACCUGAAGCUCACUCAGCCUCAUACCCCACACCUGAUUACCCGCCAAAGGAGCCGGCCACCUACUGUUAAGAGCAGUGCUGACCUGGAGGCUGAAGAGGUGGACAGACUUAACAAGUUUAAAUUCAAGGCCCUGGAGCUGAACAAGAAAAUAUUGGAGAGUGCAGAGGACUUAAAGAAGCCAGCAGUGAAGGAACCCACUGUACCUGAAGGCUUUGAGCUGCAGAUUGAGAAAAGGCUCCAGGGCAGACAGGCUUCCAAGAAGACUCAGGAAGGUGAAGAGAAGCCACACACCUUUAAAUCCCAACCUGUGUCCAAAAAGAUCCUGGAAGGAGUAGUGGGAUUGCCAGAAAAGAGAGUUCUGCAUCCCACUGUACCAGAGUCUCCAGCUUUUGCCCUCAAGAGGAGGGUUCGUGUGGAACGCAAGGUUGAGGAAGUGAAACAGCCCUCACCGGUCAAGCCCCCCACAGUGCCCCACUUUGGCCUCCCCUUCCAGCCCCGGCUACCAGAAAACCACCACGUGGAGGUCUGCCCUUUCUCCUUUGAAGAGAGGGAGCGUGAGAGGAGGGCUUUGAAAGAGAAGAGGCUGGAGGAGAUCCGUAGUGAAGAGGUACCACAGUUCAAGGCCCAGCCACUGCCAGACUUUGACACUGUGGUCCUCCCAGAAAAGAAGAAGCUGGAACCCACAAAGCCUGAACCCUUUAGACUGCUCCUAGAUGAACGCGGUGCUGUGAAGAGCAGUCGCUGGGAAAAGAUGGUAAAAGAAGAGCAGAAACAACAGGAGGAAGCAGCAAUAUUCAAAGCCAGGCCCAACACAGUCACUCAUAAAGAGCCUUUCCAGCCCAAAAAGGAGGGCCGGGCUGCAGUUGAAGGCAUUAAUUCUUCCACAGUUGUGGAGGCCUUUGAGCUGUCGACAGAGCGACGGGCCCGUGAGCGGCACGAGUAUGAGCGACUGGCCAGUGAGAAGGAGGCUCUCAGGGCACUCAUGGAGGAGGAGCAGAGACGAGAGGAGGAGCAGAGACAGAAAGAGGAGAUCACCAGGCUGCGGCAAGAACAGGUUCACAAGGCUCAGCCUGUCAGACACUACAAACCUGUAGCAGUGAAGAAGAGUGAAGUUCCUCUCACAGUCCCCCAGUCACCAAACUUCUCUGAUCGCUUCCGCUUGUGAUCAGCCUGCCUCCCUCCAUUCUGUAGAGAUCUGCAUCUUUUACUACUUCAAAUGUUGUGUUGCAAUUUUACGGCUACAUCAGAUGUUCAUCAGUAGAAUACCGGCUCUAAAGUUGUAAAUGUAUUUUAAAUAACUAAAGCUGUUUUUUUUUUGUUUUGUUU